CUAGUCUACAAAAUCUGUGAUCAGCAAAAUACAUUUUAAUUUAAUCUUUGGACCUUCAACCGGAAUAUUAGAUUAGACUGAUUAUGGUAGGAAUUAAUGUGACGCCGUUCCUUUUCUUGUGUUUUACACUUAUUUGGAACCAAGUAGAAGGUGGUUGUUCAUUGAGUUGUUUGAAUGGCGGAGUUUGUAAAACAAGGGCGACAACUGGUUCAAUACAAGCAGAAUAUUGUGAAUGUCCUAGAGUUGAUACGGACACCAUUUAUACCGGAAAUAGAUGCGAGAAAUUGAGAAUUUCAAGAAGUUGUAACAAGACAUGUCAACAUGGCGGCGAGUGUGUAUUUACGUAUGACCAGGAUUCAACUUGUAAAACAUUCCAUCAACAAUGUGACUGUCAAGAACCAUAUACUGGCGAAUUUUGUGAAAAAUAUUCUGUUGAAGUUGAAUGUAUGAAAGCUUGCCAGAAUGGUGGACGGUGUACUCUGGUUGACAAUGGUGAUAAGAGGUGUACUCGGGAUAGUUGUGUUUGUCCUACAAAUUACAGGGGAGAAUUCUGUGAGACUUAUGCCAACACCCUUGAGUGUAUCCCGCCAUGUGUAUCCGGACAAGGCGAUUGUAUUAUUAUAGAGAAUUCCAAACUAGCACCUCAUCUAACAGACAAGGCUUACUGCAAUUGUUCAUCUAAUGCUACGGGUUAUUUCUUUGGUAGCCAAUGUGGGUUUUACAGACAAAGACCUGCUGAAUGUAAUAUGACUUGUUUAAAUGGGGGAACGUGUUUAGGAUCAACCUGUAAAUGUGCUAGAAAUCUGACUGGAUUCUACAACGGUGACCAUUGUGAAAACUUCACAAGAAAUGAUGUUUGUGUGCCAUCAUGUUUUAAUGGAUAUUGCCAAUAUGGAAAAUGCCUGUGUUUCGACAAUUCCACUGGAAGAUUCUCUGGAAAGCAGUGUGAUCAAUUUGAAAGUGCAGACGAAGCCUGUAGUCCAGCGUGUGAAAAUGGUGGUGUCUGUAGCUAUGGUAGAUGUGAAUGUGAAUCUAAUUCAACUCAUCGUGUUUAUGGCUAUUAUUGUCAUCGAACUACAGAAUGCUCUCCAGAAUGUGAAAAUGGCGGUAUAUGUGGCUAUAAUGAGAAAUGUGAAUGUCCAUUUAGAUAUACCGGGGAACAAUGUCAAGAUUACGUACAGGAAUGCCCGUGUGUAAAUGGAGGAUUUUGUGCGGACAAUAAAUGCAAUUGUGUAUUUAACGAAACUGGAGUUAGUUUUGGGUUAUCAUGUCAAAUUUUCAUUCCACUAAUCCCGUGUUAUCCUGUCGCACUAAACGGUGGAUUUUGUGUGAAUGAAGUUACGGCUUGUCCCUAUGACGAGUAUGGUUAUUUCCAUGGUGACCAGUGUGUCGAGUACGGCCGCCACAGUUGCACAACGGCAUGUUUAGAUUUCCAGGAUUGUGUAGGAGACAUCUGUUCAUGCCCGUUUAAUUUGACCACGUCGCCAAGAUAUCUUACUGAAGGUCUAAGAUGCGAAACCACACGAUAUGUGUAAGGCAGACAGAAAGUGAAAUAAAGUUUCAUUAAACACCAUCA